GCUCGGAGUUGUCAUUUCGAGCCAGCCAGUGAUUCUCGCCGUUUCACAGUCAAUUCCGGUCUCACAAAUAUUGACACUUUGUAAACUUGAGUGACUGAAAAGCGAACGUUUUGAAUUGUCCGCUCAUCAUGGCGUUUAUGUCCGAAUUCUUUGCCAUUGUGGUUGCCGUUUUAUCGAUGAGGGCCCUCUCUGAGUCAGAUUUCUGCCCCUCUCGGUCCCCUGUCGAAUGCUCUUGCCCGCUAGAGUGGCAAUUGUGGGGGAGCGCGUGUUAUCGCCUCACUCCUUCAAAACGCACCUGGGAUGGCGCCAAGACAGCUUGCCAAGAUAUGGGAGGCAAGAUGGCCGCUCCUCGCUCGCUCGAGGAAAUGAACUUCAUGGCGGAACUGGCACGAAAGGUGGACAGUAACUACUACGCCUGGAUUGCUUGCAAUGACACAGAAGUUGAAGGAACUUGGGAGUGUGACGGUCAGGAAGGAGGCGAGCCCUUCUUGGUAUGGGAUAAUGGGCAACCUGAUGAUGGGGGUACACACGGCAAUCAAGAUUGUGUUGUAAUAGCCGAACAACACAAUCACAUGAUGGAUGAUGGUCACUGUGAUGGUUCAAACAGGGCUUUUUGUGUUCGUCAGGCAGCUUGCACUCAUCUCCCAACCCAACCCCGUCAAUACUGCCUCUCUACCGACACCAACGGCCGCAUCCUCGUCUCAACCUGCCUCCUCGACCACAGCAUCCGGGAGUUUAUCACCGAGGGCGUGGUCGCCUGUGGCUCAGCCUGCGCCGAAGAGUCCGGAUGUCGCUCCUUCAACAUCAAGAAAACCGAAGGAGGGAGGAAGAUAUGCCAGCUGAACAACAGCACAAGCUCCGAAGAUAAGGACAAGUUUCAGAAGACCGAUUACUUCUGUAUGUACUCAGAAGUGUGUAUCGGCUAGUCAUGACAACUUUGGAACAAUUUCAAAGAUGCACUCUACAAACUUGUGAAUUCGGAUUUGGUUCCUAGAUGAUUAAAACCUUCGUGAGACAUUUGCUCUUAAUAUUUACAUCGCGUAGCAACUAUUUCAUGUUUCGUUCGUUCUGAAGAGAGAAAAAACAGCUUCUGAUGUACUUUGAAGUAAAAAAUAUACUUGUAAAUAUUUAGCUCUUUUUGCGAACAAGAAAAUGAUUGGAAUGAAAACAUUUUGAACUGAUGAAAAUCGUUGGAUUUUUUUUCCCAACAGAUUGCAUAACAGUUUUCAAACGCUAAUGCAUUGUACAUUCGCAAGUAGCUCUAGUUUUUGCAAUGUUGGCAUUUGUCAAAACAGCAAAAACAAAUAUUGCGUUAGAUCAAUUGUAUCGUUGAUUUAAUGUUUCUUAAAUUAUUACCAUCGUCAUUUUCUUUACUUACAAAUAAAGAGUUGGUUUUAAUCACUCACGUGUAUUAUAUAACAGUCCUUUCAAUAAUGGUUUUGAAAACUGGAUUUUAUCGCUUUGGAAACAAAUUACAAUUUCUCAAGUUGGUCGAUAUGUACAAAUCACGUUUUUUGAAAAUUUGAAAUCGUUGGCAUGAUAACAUGAAUACAAUUAAUUCAUUAGAUUUUACAU